AGUAGACAGGCAGGGACAAUGGACCAGCAGGGACAUUAAGUUAAAUUCGAUGAGGACAGGCUGCACUUGAGAAAGAGGAACCCCCUGUGGCACUGCAAGCUGGGGCUUGGCUCUGCUGCACAGGCCCUGGGAGUCUGCAGGCAGUGUGCUGAACAGGAGCCAGCCGCCUCUCCUGGCAUCCUGGGCCCUUGUGGGGCAGGAGUUAUCUCCCUUUACUCAGCACUUGUUAGCCCGCAUCCAGAUACCGUGUCUGGUUUUGGGGCCCCCCAGUACAAGAUAGGUAUUGACAAACUGGUGCGAGUUCAGCAGAGGGGCUCCAAGAUGGUUGGAGGCUGGAGUGCUUGCCCUGUGAGGUGAGAGUGAGGGAACUGGUGCUGUUUCUCCUACUUACCACCUUCCUGCUGGACCGAGGCGAUAGAGCCACAGUCAGAAACCCAACUCCAGCCCAGUCACCAGCCAGAGGCACCUCUUCCCUUCCCUGUCCCUUUUCUGGCCCCAAUAGCGUACGUUCAGGUAGCACCAGCCUCUCCUUCCAGGGCCCUCCUGGCCGCUGUCACCUUAUCUGCUGCCUCCUUGCACGCUGCUGGCAGCAGCCAGGACCCCUUCCCCACCCGGAGCAGGAGGAACAGCAUCUGUUGCUUCUUGAUUGCUGCCUUGUCCUGCCUCCUGACCUAUAUAUAUGUGUGUUUGUGUGUGUGUGGCUGCAAGGGGUGGGCCCUAUGGCGUGGCUGCUUGUCAGAUGUGUAGUAAGCUGUUUUGCUGGCAGGAGAGGUGCCCCCAUCCCUGUGUGCUCGGAGGAUGUGGGUCUGGCCUCCAUCCCCAGUGCUGCCCUCUGCCCUGCCCUCUUUGCCUUUGGGAGUUUGGUCCCUGUGGGCUUGAAGGACCCUGCUCUCCGCCAGAUGCUUUUUCCACCAAACCAAAAAACAAAAGAACAGAUCGAAAGCUUGUUACAGAAUGGAAAGCAUAAAGAGUUACGGGAUCGGCUCUGCUGCAGGCUGACCUUUGGGACUGCCGGUCUUCGCUCUGCUAUGGGAGCAGGCUUUUGCUACAUUAACGAUCUUACGGUGAUCCAGUCAACACAGGGCAUCUACAAGUAUCUUGAGAGGUGUUUUUCAGACUUUAAGCAGAGAGGCUUUGUUGUUGGAUAUGACACACGAGGUCAGGUGACCAGCAACUGCAGCAGUAAGAAGCUUGCAAAGCUCACUGCAGCAGUCCUCCUGGCUAAAGAUGUACCUGUGUACUUCUUUUCCACGUAUGUCCCUACGCCAUUUGUGCCCUAUGCUGUGCAGCAGCUCAAAGCUGUGGCUGGUGUGAUGAUCACAGCAUCCCACAACCGGAAGGAGGACAACGGAUACAAGGUUUACUGGGAAAAUGGAGCACAGAUCACCUCUCCUCACGAUAAGGAAAUUAUAAAAUGUAUUGAAGAGUGUGUUGAACCAUGGAAUGGCUCAUGGAAUGAGAAUCUAGUAGACACCAGUCCCCUCAGACAGGAUCCUCUGAAGAAAAUCUGUGACUGUUACAUGGAGGAUCUGAAAAAGAUCUGUUAUCAUAGGGAGCUAAACGUGCAAACAAAUCUGAAGUUUGUUCAUACCUCGUUUCAUGGAGUUGGACACGACUAUGUGCAGCUGGCUUUCAAAGCGUUUGGCUUUCAGCCCCCCAUUCCAGUACCUGAACAAAAAGAUCCAGAUCCAGACUUCUCAACUGUCAAAUGCCCAAAUCCUGAAGAAGGAGAAUCUGUGCUGGAGUUGUCACUGAGGCUUGCAGAGAAAGAAAACGCUAAAGUAGUAGUGGCCACUGAUCCAGAUGCAGAUAGACUAGCAGUGGCAGAACAGCAGGAAAAUGGCUGCUGGAAGGUGUUCACUGGCAAUGAGCUAGCAGCUUUGUUUGGGUGGUGGAUGUUUUCUUGCUGGAAAGACAACUGCUCCGAAGAUGCUGAUGUGAAGAACGUUUACAUGUUAGCGACCACAGUCUCCUCGAAAAUUCUGAGGGCAAUUGCACUUAAAGAGGGUUUUCACUUUGAAGAGACACUCCCUGGUUUUAAAUGGAUUGGAAGUAGAGUAAAAGAUCUCCUGGAUAACGGAAAAGAAGUUCUCUUUGCUUUUGAAGAGUCUAUUGGCUUCAUGUGUGGCACUUCAGUCUUGGAUAAAGAUGGUGUAAGCGCAGCUGUGGUCACAGCUGAAAUGGCAACCUACCUGGAGGGCAAGAACCUAACACUAGCACAGAAACUCAUUGAGAUAUAUGAAACGUAUGGAUAUCACAUAUCAAAGACUUCCUAUUUCUUGUGCUAUGAUCCUCCUACUAUCAAAAGGAUAUUUGAGAAACUUCGGAACUUCGAUGCCCCUCAGUCUUAUCCAAAAUUUUGCGGUAUUUACAAUAUUUUACACGUACGAGAUAUUACCACUGGCUAUGAUAGCAGCCAGCCGAAUAAGAAAUCGGUGCUGCCCGUGAGUAAAAGCAGUCAGAUGAUCACUUUUACAUUUCAAAAUGGUUGUGUUGCCACCCUUCGGACAAGUGGAACAGAACCAAAGAUCAAGUACUACGCAGAGAUGUGCGCGCUGCCCGAACAGAGUGACAGAAGCGUGCUGGAAGAAGAACUUCAGAAGCUUAUUGAAGCUUUGAUUGAGAAUUUUCUUGAACCUGAUAAGAAUGGACUGAUCUGGCGCUCUGCUUAGGUCUCCUGUAACUGGUGGUGAAAGAAGUGACCGCCUGCACUGCGUCAUGUGAAACAAAGGAACCAAGAACAGAACUCAGUUUAAUACGUGUGCGUGUGUGUGUUAAACAAACAGCUACAUUUUUAUUCUAUAAAGAAGAAGCAUUCUUUUGUCAGGCUUUUCACCAAAGUCUGGGCUAGAAAACUGGGAUAAGGAGAGGAAGUGAGAGAAAAGGACAGAAUUUAUUAUUACCAUUUCUGUCCUUUUGACCACAAACCUAAUUAACCCACACCAACGCAGAUGAACUGCCCUAGCGGGUUUAAGACAGCUGAUCUUACCCAGUAGAUCUUGUCUUAAACUAAUUUCAGGUACCUGAUACCUUUUGUGUGAAGAGGUUUUAAAAUCGGGUAGUCAGUGUUUGAAGGACGUGAUGGCUCCAAACUGACACAAAAGCCUGCUUCUUCCUCGCCGUUGUGUGUGACUGUAGGUAUCCUUGUUACAGGUCUUAAUUUCCAAAAAUGUUGAAGUAGAGUUCAGUGCUUAGCAUUUCUUGUUUAGGCAAGUUGUUCAAGAUGACAUUUUUCAGCUACUUAAAUAUCCUUCUGUUGUUAAAGGUGCUCUUGGUGCAUUGUAUCUUUCCCGUGUGCAUCUUAAAAUAUUUACUUGACAGUGAAACAAUAGUGGCAACACAUAAUUCCACUUGCAGGCUGGGUUUGGAAUUACAUAGUGCCUUUCCAAGGCUUCCAGGGGAGUAGAAACUUGUUCAUUCCUUGGUUCAAUUGCCCCUUCUACUGUAGCCUUUGUAACCAUUUUUUGUCCCACAUCCCUGAAGGGACUUAAGGUUUGGUUUUUUUUUUUUUUAAAGAAAUGUUUCAGAAAUUUAGUGACUUUUAAUGAAAAUUCCAGUUAGUGACUUUUUUUGGUUUGAUGGCUUGAAUUCAUACUGCCUGUACAUUAAAAAAAAAAAAAA